AUGGUGGACAGUAAGGUCCCUCAGCCGGGACCGGCCAAGUUGAAGCGCAAUGCCGGCCCUGAUGAGUGGCUGGAGGCCGCAAAGGACUGCAAAUACCUCUCGGAGUCCCAUAUGAAACAGCUUUGUGAGAUCGUCAAGGAGUUUAUGAUGGAAGAGUCGAACAUUCAGCCGGUCUCAACACCUGUGACCAUCUGUGGAGAUAUUCACGGUCAAUUUUACGAUUUGUUAGAGCUGUUCCGGGUCUCUGGAGGCAUGCCUGACGAACCUGACGUCGAGCCGCCUAAAACGUCGCCUUCCGUCAUCACCUCGGAGGACAUCGAACCCCCUUCCACCAUUACCGAUCCCAAGCUGCGCAAGAAAUUGAGGAACUCCGGAAACUCGGAUGAUCUUGCAGAUGAGACGGGCUCCAAUAACAGCCAGCGCGGUCGGUCUUCCAGCGCAGGCUCGAAUGAGGUUACAUUGAAUCGAAACUUUGUAUUCCUUGGUGACUACGUGGACAGAGGGUACUUCAGUUUGGAGACCCUCACGUUACUGCUGUGCCUCAAGGCAAAGUAUCCUGAUCGGGUUACGCUGGUACGCGGUAACCACGAGUCUCGCCAGAUCACUCAAGUCUACGGUUUCUACGAGGAGUGCUUUCAGAAGUAUGGCAAUGCGUCCGUAUGGAAGGCUUGCUGCCAGGUUUUCGAUUUCAUGACAUUGGGCGCCAUCAUCGACGGCAGGGUGCUCUGUGUGCACGGUGGACUGAGCCCAGAGAUUAGAACACUGGAUCAAGUGCGGGUGGUCGCGAGAGCCCAAGAGAUUCCGCACGAAGGUGCUUUUUGUGACCUGGUCUGGUCUGACCCCGAUGAUGUGGAGACAUGGGCAGUGAGUCCCAGAGGAGCUGGCUGGCUGUUCGGAGACAAGGUUGCAGACGAGUUCUGCCAUGUCAAUGACCUGACCCUGAUCGCCCGAGCCCAUCAAUUGGUCAACGAGGGUUACAAGUAUCACUUCGCCAACCAAAACGUGGUCACCGUGUGGAGUGCUCCCAACUACUGCUACCGAUGCGGCAACCUCGCCUCCGUGUGCGAGAUCGACGACGAUCUAAAACCGACGUUCAAGCUCUUCAGCGCGGUAAGUGACGAUCAACGACAUGUGCCGACGUCGCGGCCGGGCCGCAGUGAGUACUUCCUGUAA